GUUUUACUAGUUUAGUGGAUUUUAGUAAAUUGCUAUUAUAUUAUUAUAGAUGCAACAAUGCUUGAACAAUGUAUUGCAACUAUAGAAAUAUUAGCCUGUACAGGCGUUUUAUUAUUAGUGGGAAAAGCCAUUCUUAAAAUUUAUGCAUGGUCGAAAAUGUUCAUGAUUUUGAGACAAGUUCCUGGUCCUAAAGGUCAUUGGCUUUACGGUAAUGCUGCACAAUAUCUAUCUAAAGAAAAAUUUUUUUAUUACUCUGCAAAAUGGCGAGAACAGUUUAAAGACUUCCACAAGACUUCGAUAUUGUUUCAUCCAUUAAUUAUAAUGCAGUCUCCAGAAGCAGUACAGGCCAUUAUAUCCAAAAUGAAGCACAACAAAAAAGGAUUUAUCUAUGAAGGACUAAAACCACUUUUAGGGGAAGGAUUAAUUACUAGUUUAGGUUCAAAAUGGCAUACACACAGACGACUUGUCACACCAACAUUUCAUUUCAAUAUCUUAGAAAGUUUUCUUAAAGUUUUUAUUGAACGUACAAAUGGUAUGAUGGAUCAAUUGCGUACACUAUCUGAAACUGAAAAUUUUGUUGACAUUAGUCCAUUUACUCAAAGACUUACGUUAGAUUUUAUUUGCGAAACUGCAAUGGGUACCCCAAUUAAAUCAGAAGGAUCCAAACAAGCUGAAAUUGUAUCUGCUAUGCACAAAUUGGAAGAAAUUGGCAUAUAUCGUAUGAUACGUCCAUGGUUGUUAUUUGAUUUCAUAUUUCGUUUUACAAUGAAAUAUCGUGAACAAAAUAAAUAUAAAAAUAUUUUACAUACAUUUACUGAUGAAGUUAUUCAAGAGCGUCGUAACGCAUUAAAAAGUAAAAAAAAUAAUGAUGAACAAAAUGCUGAUUAUGAGGAUGAAGUACAUAAAGGCAAACGUAAAGCCAUAUUUAUGGAUUUGUUAAUAUUAAGUUCUGAAAAUGGUGAACUUUUAACAAAUCAAGAUAUUCGUGAAGAAGUUAAUACAUUUAUGUUUGCUGGUCAAAACACAACACAAUUAGCCAUUAAUUUUUGUUUAUAUCUACUUGGAGAGAAUCCAAGUAUUCAAGAUCAAGUUCAUGAAGAGUUAAGCGCUAUAUUUGAUGGCUCAGAUCGAGAUCCAACAAUGGACGAUUUAAAGAAUAUGAAGUAUCUUGAACGGUGUAUAAAAGAAGCGUUGCGUUUAUUCCCAAGUGUUCCAGUAAUUGCACGUCAAUUAACUGAUGAAGAAAAUAUUGAUGGUUAUCGUUUACCCAUUGGUGCUGACAUACUUAUUGUACCAUAUGUGUUACAUAGAGAUCCUGUACAAUUCCCAAAUCCAGAAGCUUUUGAUCCUGACAAUUUCUUACCGGAAAGAGUUAGCAAAAGACAUCCAUAUUCAUACAUACCAUUUAGUGCUGGUCCAAGAAAUUGUAUAGGGCAAAAAUUUGCACAAUUAGCAGUAAAAACAGUAGUUUCAACAAUUUUACGACAAUAUUAUAUAGAAUCACGUGACAAACGAGAAGAUUUAAUUGUAGUGCCGAAUACGGUGUUAGUUCCAAAGAAAGGAAUUAAAAUAAAGUUACAUACGAAAAAUAAU